CAGAUAUCCACCACUCUUGUAAAUACUGACACACACACACACCACGAAAACAAAACCCUGCCCCCCAAGCCAAAAUAAUCCCACCCUCUGGCUCCGCUGCAGCGCUCACGCAUACAUUUCCGGCCUUAAAAACAAAACACAUACGGUAGUUGCAGUAAAAAUGAGUGGCGGCGCCACCCGGUUUCUCACUCUUCUCAACACUACAAAUUCCUUUCCUCUACUCCUCCACCACCACCACCACCACCGCCUUCUCCUCCUCCGCCACCAACACAAACUCCUCUCUCACUUCCACUACCACCCACUCACCCUCUCUCCCUCUUCCCCAAUCAAACAACAACAACAACUCCACACCCGCUCCGCCGCCCUCAGAACCGAUCACUCUCCUCCUAACUCUCACCCUUGGCCCGAAUGGUCCACCCUUCUCCAUCAUCUCUCACUCUCUCACUCUACUGGAUAUGGGUUUUCCGCCGAAGAUGAAUUCGUGGCGCCCGGUGGUUUGCCCGAUGACUUUGUGCGCGCCGCCACUGCUUGCUUGGCUUUUGCUCGUCAAAAUCCAAACAUCUUGGGUUUGCUUUCCAGAAGAGAUAUUGCGGUGGUGGUUCAAAAUGGGUCGCCAUUUCUGUUCAAGAAUGGUGAGGAGUCAGUGAGGAGGAUGAGAUCGUUUUUGGGCAAUGUAUUGGAUACAGAUAUAGCGCAUACUGUUGAUUUGAUGAAAUUUAUAUUGAGUUAUGCCAGCAAUCCAUCUGUUACUUCCGAGAGAAACAAUUUUGACAAUGGUGAACUUGUUGAAUCGUCUGUCCGGACUCUAUUGAGUGAAUUCGCUAAGUUUAGCUAUAGCAAUUCAGAAUCAAACUCUUUUGCAUCCUUACAAAAUCAGUCUCCUGACAGAUUUGGACAAACAUCAAGGCCUGUAGGGCAAAAGAUUGAAAUGAAAAGAGGUGAUUGGAUUUGCCAGAGGUGUAGUUUCAUGAACUUCGCAAGAAACAUGAAAUGCCUUGAAUGUGAGGAGACACGACCAAAGAGAGAGUUGACUGGUGGAGAGUGGGAGUGUCCUCAAUGUGAUUUCUUUAAUUACGGGAGGAACAUGGUAUGCUUAAGGUGCGACUGUAAGCGGCCUGGAGAAGUCUCUCUUGGUAACACCAACACCACUUCAGGAGUAGGACUUAGAAAUGGGAAUAAGGUUGACAUUGAUAGCAGGUUGGCUGCUAAUGAAGAGAAGGCACAGCGGUGGUUCAGCAAGGUUUCCCAGCUGGAUAGUACUUCUGACAUGAGCAGUGCCAUAACAGAUGAAGAUUUUCCUGAAAUAAUGCCAUUGAGAAAAGGGGUUAACAGAUUUGUUGUGAGCACAAGGAAGACACCUUUGGAAAGGCGGCUGGCCAAUGCUCAGUACCGAAGAAACUUGGGUAAUGAUGGCACUCCUGAGGGUAAUGAUUCCCAAGGUGCAGGUGCGAACAUGACAAUCAAUCGCAGUUUAGAUGCAAUUCUUGGCCGUACAUCUGCUGUUUCUGAAUCUAAUAAUAAGAGUACACCUGCUGGAGAAUAUACUGGAUCAGAUAGUCCCCAGCCUAUCUCUGGUUCAGCUUCUAGACAGUAUGGACUCCCCAGGGGAAGCAAUUCCAAUUUUGUUCCAUUUGUACCAUUGCCUUCAGAUAUGUUUGCCAAGAAGCCUGAAAAUUCGAAAACAGAGGGGAUUGAUCAGGCAGCCAGAGACAAGCAGAAAUCUGUUGCUUCAAACGCUAUUGAGUGGACAGGCAAUGCUUCUGGGAGCAGUGUGCCUGAUAAAUCGGGAGGCAGUUCACGGCACUCUGAGAACCUAGUGAGUCAGAAUGAGAGAAAUGAUACGGAGAAAGAACAAGCUGAAAAAUCUGAAAGGUGGUUCAAGAAGGUAGCAGAGCUGCAUAAUGUUACAGAUCUAGCUAGUGCAAUUUCAGAUGAGGACUUCCCUGAGAUCAUGCCAAUGCGUAAAGGAGAGAACCGAUUUGUAGUCAGCAAAAAGAAAGACCGUUCUUUAACUUCUCCAGCUUACAAGAGACGUAUGGCCAUGGAGCAGGGUAACAGUACUGAUUUUGUCCCCUUUGUACCCUUCCCACCGGACUACUUUGUUAAAAAGGACAAACCAGAGUCGGAUGGGGCAGAUUUGGCCAAUAAAGCUGCUGAGGAAACUUCUUCAGUUUCUGCCAUGGCAGAGAAUGAUAGCGUUCAACAGACAGGAAAUCCUCAGAUCAGUUUGGAGAACUGGAAUGCAAAAACUUCUGGAGAGAACUUGAAUGAGAGUAAAACAAGUGCUGUUUACAAGGACCCAACCACUGGAAAUUCAACAGAGACUUAUGUCAAUGCAAAGUCUAAUAGCAAGGACAAUGUGAACAGUUGGUAUCCUGAGAAGGAGAAUACUGGUGAUACACCAAUUUUGACAAGUUCACCUCAACCAUCUGAAAAUCAGAAUGCUAGAGAGAGCUGGACUGGAAAGAGCUUGGAGGGGUCAUUGGUGAAGGAACCAAACCCUCUCGACCUGUCAGAGGAGGCCAAGGCAGAAAGGUGGUUUAGGCGUGUUGCUCAGAUUAAGGAUAUCUCAGAGCUGAGUCAGAUACCUGAUGAGGAUUUUCCAUCAAUAAUGCCGAUGCGGAAGGGUGUGAACAGGUUUGUCGUCAGUAAGAGGAAAACGCCAUUGGAGAGGAGGUUGACAUCUCCUCAGUACAGAAGAAAUCUACCAACAGUGAGCUCUGAUCCCGUGAAGAAGGAAACUGAUGGUAGCUGAAACGCAUGGAAAUUUUGUAUGGUUUUGUUCUUGAAAGUGAGAUAAUUACCUUCCAAAUUUUGUUCCCCAAAAUUAUAUUGGAAAACCUUCUAAACAUUUUAUUACAAUGUGAAUAAUAAUUUUGAUGUUUGCGAUA